AAUGUAAACUCCCGUGUACUUAAACGAUUCACUUCUUCCAUUUCUUGCAAGCUUCUAUACUCCUUCAAACAAGCAAACAAUGAGAGCCCAAAACUUGAUUUCAGCCCUCUUCCUUAUCUUCAUUGUCUUUGGAUCCUCUGCAAUGGGGAAGGGCCCGGUUCGGGGUCGAAGACCUUGCAGAAGUCUGGUUUUCUACUUCCAUGACAUUAUCUACAAUGGCAAGAACUCCAAGAAUGCAACUGCAGCCAUUGUUGGGGCUCCUGCUUGGGGAAACAAGACCAUUUUGGGAGGAAAAAACCAUUUUGGGGACUUGGUUGUUUUUGACGACCCCAUUACUUUGGAUAACAACCUGCAUUCGACCCCAGUUGGACGGGCGCAAGGGUUCUAUAUUUAUGAUAAGAAGGAUGUUUUCACUGCUUGGCUUGGCUUCUCCUUUGUUUUCAACUCUACUGAGCAUAAAGGAAGUAUAAACUUUGCAGGAGCAGACCCAUUGAUGAACAAGACUAGGGAUAUUUCAGUGGUGGGUGGCACUGGGGACUUCUUCAUGGCCAGAGGCAUAGCCACAUUGACGACUGAUGCGUUUGAGGGGGAAGUGUACUUCAGGCUCUGUGUGGAUAUUAAGUUGUAUGAGUGCUGGUAAUGGCUGAAACUGAUGCCAUUGUCAUGGAGCUUCAAGAUCAAGCAUUCAGCAUUAAAAUACCUUCUAUUGGAUUUAGGCCGCCCACUUGCUCAAUGCAUGCUUUGAAUAAUGCAAGCAUAAGCAGACCCCAUAGCCUGUUUUUCUAUCUUCCAGUGAUCUGAGUCUCUCAUUCUUGUCUUCUGUCAAACUUGGUAUGCUAAUUAAUUAUAUGAUAAUUUCUAUAUAAGAAGAUCCAAUUAGGUGUGUGCCGGUUGUUGAAUUCGUUCAUAAAAUUAUCUGAUAAUGCAUGCUUUGAAUAAUGUAAGCAUAAGCUGAUCAUAAGCAGAUCCCAUAGCCUGUUUUUCUAUCUUCCAGUGAUCUGAGUCUCUCAUUCUUGUCUUCUGUCAAACUUAGUAUGCUAAUUAUCUGAUAAUUUCUAUAUAAGAAGAUCCAAUUGGGUGUGUGCCGGUUGUUGAA